GGAGCACGUACGUAGCUCGAGAAGCAAGUCAUCAGCUCAGGCCGGCUUCUGCAAUAAAACGAAGGACAUGGGAGAGGUGGUGGCAACAUGGGAGGCAACGGAGGGAGGCGCGGGCGUGAAAGGGCCGGUGGUGGUCACCGGGGCGUCGGGAUUCCUCGGCUCCUGGCUCGUCAUGAAGCUUCUCCAGGCCGGCUACACCGUCCGGGCGACCGUGCGCGAUCCCGCGAACGUUGUGAAGACGAAGCCAUUGCUGGACCUUCCCGGAGCAACGGAGCGCCUGUCCCUAUGGAAAGCCGACCUGGCGGACGAAGGCAGCUUCGACGACGCCAUCAGGGGCUGCACCGGCGUCUUCCACGUCGCCACGCCCAUGGACUUCGAGUCCAAAGACCCUGAGAACGAGGUGAUCAAGCCGACGGUGGAAGGGAUGAUGAGCAUCAUGCGAGCCUGCAAGGAGGCCGGCACCGUGCGCCGCAUCGUCUUCACCUCCUCCGCCGGGACGGUCAACAUCGAGGAGCGGCAGCGGCCCGUCUACGACCAGGACAACUGGAGCGACGUCGAUUUCUGCCAACGCGUCAAGAUGACAGGAUGGAUGUACUUCGUGUCCAAAUCCCUGGCGGAGAAGGCGGCCAUGGCGUACGCGGCGGAGCACGGCCUGGACUUCAUCAGCAUCAUCCCGACGCUCGUGGUCGGCCCGUUCCUCAGCGCCGGCAUGCCGCCCAGCCUCAUCACCGCGCUGGCGCUCGUCACGGGGAACGAGGCACACUACUCGAUCCUGAAGCAGGUGCAGUUCGUCCACCUCGACGACCUCUGCGACGCCCAUCUCUUCCUCUUCGAGCACCCGGCCGCCGCCGGACGCUACGUCUGUUCCUCGCACGACGCCACCAUCCACGGCCUCGCCGCCAUGCUCAGGGAUAGGUACCCCGAGUACGACAUCCCGGAGAGGUUCCCCGGGAUUGAGGACGACCUCCAGCCCGUGCACUUCUCGUCCAAGAAGCUCCUAGACCAUGGCUUCACUUUCAAGUACACGGUGGAGGACAUGUUCGACGCCGCCAUCCGAAUGUGCCGGGAGAAGGGCCUCAUCCCCCUCGCCACGGCCGGAGGGGGGAGGGCUCUGCCUUAGUGCGCGCGACCUCCAGCCCGUGCACUUCUCGUCCAAGAAGCUCCUAGACCAUGGCUUCACUUUCAAGCUCAUAGUGUUCUCGUGUUGUUUUAUACCGAAAUAAAUGUUACUCCGCAUUUUAUUUCA